UCAGAACUAAAUAUUAUUCAAAUGUAUUAUACCUCAAAAGAUAGAGCGUCAAAAACUGCAUAAGAUGAUGUAUUUGAAAUUUGAUUAUGAUCGAAUUUUGAGGGACGUUUCUUCAAAAGAAAGUUUUGGAAAGUGUUUUAAUAAUAAACUUGAAGUUUAUUAUGAACAAAAAAAUUAUGAUCAAGCAGAAAAUUAUUAUGAACGUUCAGAAAAUAAAUUUAAUCAUUAUAUAAUGAAAAUAACAUAUGAUGCUUUAGAAAAAGAAUUAAUAAAAGCUGAUUUAUUUAUUAAUUAUAGUUAUUUAUUACAUGCAAAAAAUAAACAAUGAUGGUAAUGAUAAACAAAAUGAUGCAUUAAAAAUAUAUGAAAAAAUUUUAACAGAUAACAAUCCAAAAUUAAUGCAAAUACGUUUAGAAAUUAUAGCUGAAAAUACAUUUUAUCAAUUUUUUUAUUUUAAAACAGAAUAUUAUGAAGAUGAAAAAUUUCAAAAAAUAAUUAAAAAUUAUGAACAAAAUUUAUUUGAAUCAAAUAAAAUUACAAGUCAAUUUAAUUGGACACAAUUAUUUUAUACAAUUGGUGCUUAUUAUAUUCAUCAAAAUUUAUAUCAUAAAGGAAUUAAUUUAUGGAUAAAAGCAAUUAAAAGUCUAAUUUGUUCAGAAUUAUGUAUGUACGAUGAUGCCAUUGAAUAUUUAUUAAAAACGGAUGAAAGUCAUGAAAUGAAAAAUCUUUUAUUAGCUGAUUCAUACAAAGCAAAAAACAUGCAUGAAGAAGCUUCAAUAUAUUAUCAAAAAUUAUAUGAUAAAAAGAAAGAAUUGGAUCCAUUUCAACUUGCUCUUAUUCUUUCGACACCACAUAAUGAUGAAUUAUUAAACGACCAUCAAAUGUUCUUAUUACAAGAAUCUACAGAGAAUCAAUCAAAGAUUAUGUUAACAUUUUUACUUGAUAAAAUUGCGCAACAUUAUUUUGAAAAAAACAAUUAUAAACAAGCGCGUUUAUCUAGUCGAGAUUCUAUUUAUUUAAAAUCACAAUAUAUUUCACAAUAUAAUCCUUAA